AUGGCUAUGCAAGAACACAAAAAGAAACUGCCUCUCCGAAGCCGAUCUGAAAUCGAUGGCCCCAACAAUAAGUCUCGUCGGGUAUCAAGGCUCCCGAGCGCAGCGGCCGACACAAGUCGCCCCACCAAGAAGAAGGAGAGACGACAUUCUAUGGGAAACACAAUGCUGAGGAAGAGCAUGGAUCCACAUGAGAUCAUUAAUCUUCUGGAGACUUGCGGUCAGCGAGCAGACCUGGACUGUGGCUUCGACUGCCUUCAGACCAUCAAGAAUACCAGUGACACCAAAAGCAAGAAGUCCAGUGGCAAAUCCAAACGAAAGCCAAUCAAGCGAUCAGCCACGUUUCACUGA